GCUACACCAAGCUAUUAAAGUCUAUUCCAAUUGUUUCUUUUAUUCAAGUUUGAAAUAAAAAUUAUAACAUGGCUGCAUUAAGAUCGGUUCUUGCAACAGUACUUAUAUUCUGUAUCAUUGAAUAUUGCGAGAGUAAUGCAGGAUUUGCAGGUUUACGCAUUUCUAAUUUUGCUUUUGAGGGUCAUAAAUUGGCAAAUGGUGGAAACUGUGACGGAACUAAUCCAUUCAAACAAAUGUCAAAAUAUUGUGAACCUUAUGUAAAAAUCUUCGUAAAUGGGCAACAGGUUUUCAGAUCAGAAACAAAAAGUGCUGCAGUUAAUGCGGUAAAGUUUAGUGAGCACUACGAGAACGCCAAAAUUCCAAGGGACGCAAAAAUCCGCAUUGAAGUUUGGGAUAGUGAUUCAGGCAAUGCAGGAGGUUCAAAAGAUGAUUUGAUUUUACGAAAAGAAGUGACUCUUAAUCAAUGUCUAGGAUAUCAGACGAUUGAUAAUGGUCACGGUUCAAAAUUGUCAUUCAACGGUCUUUUAAAAUAAACUUAAGUUGAAUGAAUUUAAGCAGAAAAACAAGCGGUUAAAAAUCGUUCAUUAAACAAAUGUACAAUUCAUGGCACUUGAAGAACAUAUGUCUUUCUGACAAAUAAACAUAACGCACACAAACAAAACGCAUUCGAUGAAUUGAUAUCAUUGUGGACAUUUUGUGUGUGCGACCAUGUAUUGAUGUAUACAAA